AUGGUUCAUAAAAACAAACAAAUAGAAAAUAUAGAAAAUCAAAAAUAUAAUGAUAUUGUUAAGGUUGCAAAAAGCUUUGAUGUUUUUAAUAGUGGAAAGAAAUCAAGAGAAUCGCUAAUAGAAAGAAUAAAACAAAAGCAAAAACAAUUAGAUGAAACAACAACAACAACAACAACAACAACUACUUUAAUUACAAAUAAUGAACCAAUGGAAACUGAUUCUACCACAAAAACACCUAAAAAUGAUAUUGAAAUAAAUAAUAAUGAAUUUUCAACAAAUUCUAUAAUUAUUUAUCAAAUAAUUAAAUAUUUGGAUGUUGAUGAUUAUCAUUCAUGUGAAUUAGUUAAUAAACAAUGGAAAAAUGUUUCAAAUGAUAAUAAGCUUUGGGAAAUAUUAUUUUUAAAAAAUAUUUUACAAAUAAAUGACUUUAAUAAUGAAAAAUCAAUAUACUCAAAAGGUUGUUUAAAACAAUCAUUUGACAAUAUUAACAAUAAUUUAAAAUUUAAAGAUUUAUACAAACAAUUCUUCCCACAUCACUAUAAUAGACUUUCAAACUUUAAUAAAUUAAAAAAUAUUGGUAUUAUAUCGAACAAUGGAAUUUAUUCGGAUUUAGAUCAAAUACAAUCAAAUCUAUCAAAUAUAUUAGAAAAAGAAAACAAAAAUAAAAAAAAUAAGGAUAAAAUAGAUAUUAAAGACCUAUUAAAACAAAUUUCAAUAGAUAUCUUUAGUAUUAAAUCAUCUCUUUUAUUAAAUAAAAUAAACUCUGAUUCAUAUUCAAAAAUAAAAAAAGCUUAUAAACCAAUGUCUGCACAUACCUUUCUUCUAUCAGAGUAUUGUAAUACUAAGUCAAAAAAUGAUGAACUUGCAUGCCACUAUUCCAGAACAUUUCAAAUUUUGAUAUGCAUACCAAAUCAAGUAAAAUCAGUAUUAGAUGAAAAUCAAAUGGUUACAGAAUAUUCAAGAUUUAUUAAAGCAACAUUUAGAAUAUCACAUCUUUAUGAUUGUGAAGAAAAUUUUCAAAAUAAUGGGGGUGAACAUGCAGGCUUAUUAAAAAGAGAAUCAUUUCAUCACUUUCAAACAUUCGAUAUUGAUGAACCAUCAUUUUCAACAUCGAAAAACCAAGCAGAAUUUAAACUAUACAAUCCAGAACCAAAAAAAAAUGACACUAAUGUCUCAGCAUUUGAUUAUUGGUAUUGUAAAUAUGAUAGAGAUGAUCAUCAACGAAUGGGAUAUGAUAAAAUUAUAAAAAGCAGCUAUAUUAAUGGAUUACACGAAUUUACAAGAAAUACGUUUUUAUUUGAUGGAGAAACUCACUUCAAACUAUGGCAUUUUUCAAAUUAUGAAUCAAAAGAAAGAUUCUUUUCAAAUUAUUACAACUAUAAAGAAAUAUUUUCAUCAAUCGAAACUAUUAAAGAACAAUAUAAAAAGAAAAUAACUCACAUUAAAAGUAGAUACAAUACAAAUCAAAAUAAUGAUUCAGUGGAUAUUAUACUACUUUUAGAUAACAUCACAUGGAAAACAAACCUUUAUUUUAAUUAUUUACAUGGUCCUAGUCCAACAGCAUUAAAAAAAGAAAAAGAUCAUUUUGAAUUAUUUGAAAAAGAUAAUUUAAAAAACUUUAUAGAAAAAUCAUUCAUUCGAAAAUACUCUUGUUCAAUUACAGAUUCUUUUUAUCACCCUGCAAAAGAAUCAACAUAUUCAUUCCAAUUUAUAAUACCAUACAAAGAUCAAGAAAAUGAAACCAAAAACCUUUUGAUCUCUAUAUACCAAUGUUGCAUAGAAGGACAUGAAACAGAUAAAAACUAUUUUGACUUUUCAGUUAAAUUUAAAAUUCUUGAUAAUCAAUUAAAUACUCUGGUAAAGGAUGAAAAGUAUUCGCAACUAUUCCGUCUCAAUAUUAAUGGUGAUAAUAAAUUUGAAAAUAAAUAUGAAAAAGAGCUUAUAUCAGAAAAAGAACUAGAAAAUAUUAAAUUUACAGAAUUUCUUUCUCUAUUAUUCAAAAAAAAAUUUCCAUCAAUCAAAUUUAAUCUUUCAAACUUAUUGUUAAUGGCAAAUAUGGACAAAUUUGUUGAUUAUGUUGGUGAAAAAGGUGAAAUAAGCCCAUCAGUUUCAGAUUUAAAUGGUUGGAUUGAUCCAUUUAUCGAAAAAGUUUUAAAUGGUUAUAUUUUUUAA